CACCGACUCGCCAAAUCCCCCCCGCGCCCGCGUCCCCUCCCCGGGCCAUUUGGGGCAUGCACGCGCCCGCGCCCCGUGUUUACACGGCGGCGCCUUCGCGCGGAGCCUUUUUGUGGAUGGCGCUGGCAGCUGAGCCGGGGGAGGUGGGGGCUCCGCGCCGCGCAGCGCCCGCCGCCGGCUAUAAAAGCCUCGGGGCCCGCGGGCGGCAGCGCCAGGCGAGCGGCCGCGCACCGGCGGAGGAUGGAGGGCGCCUGCCCCCGCCCGCUCUCGGCGGCGCUGCCCCCGCAGGGCUACUCGCCCCUCUCCUCCUCGUCCCGGUGCGGGGGGCGGCCCGGUGCUGCCCUGACGGCCCUGCCCUCGGCCCGCAGCGCUGCGCCCUUCUGGAGGCCGUGGGUGGCCGCGCCGGCUGAGGCGGCCCGGCGGAGCGGCCGCGGCCCCGCAGCGCCUCGCAGCCCCGGCGGGCUGGCGGAAGCCUCCCGCAAGCUGGCGCAGUACACGCACCCCGUCAGACUAUUUUGGCCCAAAUCAAGGUGCUAUGAUUACUUGUAUCAGGAAGCUGAAGCACUUCUGAAAAACUUCCCAGUUCAGGCUACAAUAUCCUUUUAUGAAGACUCGGAUAGUGAAGAUGAUGAGGAUGAACUGGAACAAGAUUCAAGAACAGAAUCAAGUUGCUGACUGCAGGGAAGGCUAAUGCCACUUCUAAGACUUAAUUUAAACUUAAUAUAAAUAUGUAUUAUAGUAUUUUUAAAGAUAAUUUAUUUCUAUGUAAGUUAUUCUUAA